AGAAAACUCCCCAGAAGAAUGAAGACCAUGGCGACCAUGGCCUCCACUCCCUCCUCCACCACCACCUCCUCUUCCUCCCUAACUAGAACACCGCCUCCUACUUCAUUCUCAUCAGCAGCUCAGCGCCGGGAAGAGGCCUCGACGGAGCCAAACAGCUGUUACUUCCCCGGCUGCCGGAAAGACACCAACUGCAACUGUGACAUCUGCCUAGCUAGCAUCAAUGCCACACUUGAUCUCAUUCCUCAUUCUUCUCAUAGCUCUCUCACCAAGCUCUCUUCCUCCUCUUCAGUUCGUCGCCGCCCUCUCUUUGGCCCUGAAAAGACUCCUCCGGUGAAGCCUAAGCCUAUCUCCACCCCUCAGUCUCCACCCAUUCAAUCCACUGCUAAAUCUAGGCCAAUUAAGGAAAGAGUUGUUGCUGAGAAGGCAACAGCAAUAAGAACCAAGGUUGUUGUUGUUGUUGUUCUUAUGGUGUUCAGUUUGUUUCUUAUUGUCGAUCAGGGUGUUCCAAAGAUGGUUUUUUGGAGAGGUUUUGAGCCUAAACUGAAGGGUGACACAUUGAGUAAGGGUCUUGUAGGUGAAUUGAGAGAGAGAAUUGGGUUAGUGCAGGAGAGGAUUGAGGAAAUGAUCAAUGAGAAGGUGGUUGAUUGCAGCUCAAUGAAACUUGGUUGGCAGUUUCAUCAGGAAGGCCAAAAUUUCUUUCAUUGGAAGUGUGUGAUCUAUAAAUCAUGGGUGGAAGAAGUGAGCAUUUGGGGAAGUCCUUUGCGAAGCUCCGGCCUGCUCCCUGCUUCCUUUUCUCCUCGUUUGCUCUCUGUUAUCUCGGGCAAAAUCACAGAGUGGUCUGAUGGGAAGGUGAUGAGCAGCAUGAGGACAAGUAAUAGUAGUAGUUUAUGGACAUUGAAGCCAUGGAACAAGAGUGUGAUGCAAUUGGAGGCAAACACAUGGGUUGUAGAGUACAAGAGAAGUGCAUGGUUGGAAGGUCAGGGAUUACUUGAAUUUGCAUGGGAGAUGGUGAGAGUGAAGAAUUUGAAGAUGUUGGCACAGCAAAAAUCUCUGUUCUUCUCUGUUCACAAGCAGGAGGAGAUCAAGUCUAGGAUCAGGGGGUGUCUGGGAGUCAUAUUGUCUGCUUUUGUCAGUAUCUCUGUAUUACCCUUUCGUGAGUGUAAGGCUUGUAUUCUGACUGUAUUUGUGUUUUGCAAACUGUUGGGUUGUAUUUGUAUUCUGUAGGGCUGUUAAAGCCCGUACUUGUAGUAUUUCAGUUUCCAGUAUCAUAUUCGUACUUC